AUGGUACGUCAGCUUCAUGACAGGGUGAAGGCACAAGACGCGGUCAAUAGGGCCGUCUCAGAAGCAUUCGCAGUAACCAACGGAGCGAGGCAGGGCUGCGUACUUGCCUCAACCCUCUUCGGCUUCGAGUUUUCUGUCAUUCCGAUGGAACCUACCGUAAUGGCGUACCCGAUCCGAAUCGCCUACAGGCCCGACGGUCAUCUCAACAGCCAAUGCAUACAAGCUCCAACGCGUCUCUCCAUGACCACUGUCCACGAUCUGCUCCUUACGAAAGACUGCGCGCUCAAAACCAAGACAGAAGAAGGUAUGCUAAAGAGCCUAGAUUGUUCUGCCUCGGACCACGUCCACUUCGAGCUGGCCAUCAGCAUGGACAAAACGGCGGCCAUAUGUCAACAGCCACCCAAUGCUGCAUACAAUAUUCCUUGCAUUCACGUCAACGGCACCCAACCGGAGACCGUGGACAACUUCGCCUAUUUAGGCAGCACACUCUCACGCUGCAUCAAAGUCGACGACGAAGUGGUUCACUGGGUUUCCAUUGUCAGUCAGGUCUUCACCCGACCCAGGAAAACCCUAACAACCGUAUUGUCAGCCGGCCUCUAA